GCGGGACCCUCCUCCUCUCAUGUUAUUAAUUGAGAGGGGCGGGGCUGGAGGAGUGGCUUACAGGACGCCCACUGCCCCCUUAAAGAAAGGAGCCAAGGAUGGUCCUGAGACCUCAGAAGGCGAAGAGUAGAACCAACACUUGAGACUAUUCCUCUUCAGGAAAGGAAAGCGACUAGUUAGUUAAAGGACCAUCGAAUUGAAUUCCACUCGAUUUGAAGAACGAUACAAUUCUUUAAAUGCAACGCUGCUUGAUAUAUGAGAAAAGUAUGGCAGCCGAGACGAAGACCGGCGGGAGUUCUCAGAACAACUGUAAGGACCACAGCCGGAGAAAGUUACUGGUGGGAGUGGACCUCUUCUGCUUGUUUUUAGUGAUGCUUGUCGCUGUGUUUUUGCACAAAUCUCCCCUGACACCUUACCAGAGAGGAUUCUUCUGCAAUGACAACAGCAUCAGUCUUCCCUAUAAGAGCAGCACAGUGUCCAACACGGUGCUCACAUCAGUGGGCGUCACUGUGCCCGUGGUCUCAAUCAUCAUCGGUGAGAGCUACCGGAUCUACUUUCUCAACGAGGGUUCCAAGUCAUUUGUUGGCAACCCGUACAUCUCCGCUCUCUACAAACAAGUGGGCGUGUUUGUCUUCGGCUGUGCCAUCAGCCAGUCUUUCACCGACAUCGCCAAGGUGUCCGUGGGCCGCCUGCGUCCACACUUUCUUGACGUGUGCAAACCAGAUUUCACCACUAUCAACUGCUCUCUGGGCUACAUCACAGACUACAUGUGUCAGGGUCCCGAGAGCAAAGUCCAGGAAGCCAGGAAGUCUUUCUUCUCUGGACAUGCGUCAUUCUCCAUGUACACCAUGCUCUAUCUGGUGUUUUACCUGCAGUCUCGUUUCACUUGGCAUGGAGCCCGUCUGCUGCGCCCGCUGACCCAGUUCACUCUCGUCAUGAUGUCCUUCUACACCGGCUUGUCCCGUGUCUCGGAUCACAAGCAUCACCCCACCGAUGUCCUGGCUGGUUUUGUUCAGGGCGCCCUGGUGGCCUACUGCAUUGUGUUCUUUGUAUCAGACUUGUUCAAGGCCAAAGGGAGACGCUCUGCCUUAUCUCAGGCUCCUGUUAGAAAAGACCUUCUUCCGACAGUGGACAUCAGAGAGAGGAGCAAUCACCUAAUAAUGGCAUAGCGUGCAGUAGAAAGGUGACCCAUGCCAUAGAACAAUCGCUACAACACACACUGGCCCCCUCAAACUGGGACAAAAUGAACUCUUUAACAGUGUGGAUCAAGCAGACCAGUCAGGAAUCUUGGAACGCGGAAAAGAGCGAAGCGGCGGAAAAUCAACAGGCGUGAUGUCCUUUCCUGAGGCUCACUAGAUAGUUCCACGUUGACGAGAGAAAAGACGAAUCAACCUCCUUCUUUCCAGUCAUAUCUGCUCAGAAAGAGAUCACCUCGGAGGACGUCUCGCUCUUGUCAAGUGAGAAACAGCAACGGCAUUUUCCUGCCGUUCACUCACUGUGGAACUGAUAGAAAAACUGUAAAAACAAAUUCCUGAUUUUUAGGAAGGAUGUGUAUUACUUUUUUCUAUAUAGAUAUAGUACACAUUGUAAAGGAAUGUUUGAUUUAUAGCACUCUUAUAGUUUUCAUACCACUUGAAUGACCUGAAGUGAAGCUGUCGGAAAGCUUUGUAAGUAUUUGCGUCCAUAUAGUGUUGUAUAUAAAAAGUCGCACAUGAGCUAGAGUAAAUUUGGGGUGGGGGGGCAUGUGUGUUUGAUAGAUGUGGGCCUCUUUCUGCUGGCUGGGACGAGCCCCCACUGAGCCAUUUAAUGAAAUGACUGCCUUGUUACAUGCACCAGACGGGCGUU